GAAUGGAGCUCCUCCCACUUCCAAUAUGGCAGCCAUGGGAAGGAGACAAGCGACGCCACGAAUUUAGGAGUUUUUUCACGGAAAACGAGCGGUAUGGAAAGCUGUCACGUGCGUGUCUUUCUUGUGGCAGCAAUGUUCUUCCUCCGUGCCAAGGUCUCGUCUGAGAAGAACUUUUAAAGGUUUCAGAAAAUACAAUGUUUCUCAGUGGGCUAAGCUAGCAAGCUGCGGUUAGCAAAUAAAUGAACCUGUGUCUCCUGACUCAUAAGAGGAACUCUUUUGCCCUGCAUACAUCUUUCUAGCUCAGUUCACCAUGGCCAUCACUCAGUUCCGUCUGUUCAAGAUCUGCACAUGUUUAGCCAGCUUACUCUCCUUUUUCAAAAGGUUGAUAUGCAGGAGCGGAAGGGGCCGCAAGCUCAGCGGCGAUCAGAUAACUCUCCCAACAACCGUUGAUUUCUCAUCCUCUUUACCAAAACAGCCAGAGAUUGAAGAAUGGAGCUCCUGGGACGAAGAGGCUCCUACAAGUAUUAAGAUCGAAGGUGGCAAUGGAAAUGUGUCGCCUCCCCCCAACGAUGCAGACGACGAGCCUGAUUACUUCAAAGACAUGACUCCUACCAUCAGGAAGACGCAGAAGAUCGUGCUAAAAAAGAGGGAGCCCUUGAACUACCUGGUGCCUGAUGGAUCGGCAGGGUUCUCCAGCAGGCUGGCUGCCUCUCAGGAUAUGAUGACCUUCAGUCCGCCCUCUGCUGAACUUGGAGAAAUGGAGACCUGGCAGGAGGACACUAAUGCCUGGGAGGAUGAGUCUGAUGUUGCCUGGGAGGCAGAGGAGGUGCUCAGGCAACAGAAGAUGGCUGAGAGGGAGAAGCGCUUCAUGGAACAGCAGAAGAAAAAACUGGAGAAAGACGCUCAGAGAAUGCUGAAGAAGGAACAAAAGAUUGCCGUCAAGCUCUCGUAACAUUUUAGAAACGCUCCGUUUUCGAGCCAAAGGGAUGGAUGAUUUGGCAAAGACUUUAACUCUAUCAUUAAACCGUCUUUGAAGUCCUACCACCAGGAUGGUCACCAGUCACUACUUUAGCUGUUUACAAACUGUCCUCCUCCUGUUUUUACCAGCAGCCGUUUCAGUUUGUUACGCAGCUGCACUGCAAAACACGUCAGGCUCGAGAUCAGAUUUGGCACCGAUGUAUAGAUUAAAACUUCAACACACCUAUGGGUGACGAUUAGAUCCUAACUUAAUCUGGUCGGUAGCAUUAAAUGUUUUUCUUUCCCAGAAGCAUUUAUAAAUGAAAGGUUGUCUGCAACAUUUAGAAACAUAAGAUUAGGAUUUUACUUUUUUUUUUCUUUUUUCUUUUUUUAUGCCCUCACAUGAAAAAGCAGUGUAACUUAUAACUUGCAUCCACUGUGAAGCAGUGACAUCCUUUGGUUUGCUAAUCAUUCUGUUUUUUUAUAUUUGUCUUUUUGAGACUGUACGUUUUUUUUUUUUUCUCUCUCUAAUGAUCGUGGCUUGAUUUCCGUCACCCUGUGCUUUGAAGCCAUUACUACACUGGAAAUCUGCGUUCAAAUAAAAAGUGGAGCUUUUAGUCUUAGUACGGAUAAAGAUGGAUAGUGUGAUCGGGUCGAACUAUGAAUGACGGCUGUGGGUUCCUAUGGCAACCUCAUGCCUGCUCGCUUACCAUUCGUUACUAGACAGGUUAUCCACUGAUCGCUGUGUUUCUGUUUUACUGGUUGGAGGAAAUCUUGCUUUUUCUUGUUUUUUGAUAUGAUUGAGAAACAUACUUUUUAUAAAAUAUGGAUCACCAAUGAAAUGGAAUUAAUUGCCUCGCCCAAGAAGAGGAUUUAAAAUGUCAGAUUCAAUGUGUUGCUGUAAUAAAGAAGUAUUGAUCAUUGCAUAGAAAAUUACUUAAGUUGUCAUGAACAAGGGAACCAAGCGAAGAACCUAAAAGAUGUAUGCAUGAUAUUGUAUUUAAGGAUUUUCAAAGCUCCACGGAAGCAAGUCGAAGGAGGCAAAUUUUUACUCUCAAUGUUACAAAAGCUUUGCAAAUUGCAGGAUAUUCUGCCUAUUAUUUAUCAGGUUAAGUGUAAACUCAAGAGGUCUUGACUGUUUUAACCUAAAUGAGUGGGUGAUGAUGGACAGUUUUAAGAAUUAACGUGCUGAACGUGUUCAUUUAUUCAGGUAAAGGUUUGCUUGUCUAAUUUUUUUGCAAUGGGUUUUCAUCAGGAGCUAUAGCAUUCAGCGUUUUUUUUUUGUUUUGCACAUUUUUUGCAGAAAUAAAUCAUGGUCUCUAUUUUUCUUUU